AUGGCAGACAGCAAGGAUAGGCAGCCGUCGAGAUUAGAGAGGUGCACGGUGCCGGAGUCGAGGGGAAGAAGCGUUCUGGCGCAACAAAAUAGGCCUUGGCUUGUACCCGAUCAAUUCACGUGGAGUCCUAAACUCGGUACCGAGCCCCAGAAAGCAGCCCGUGCGGUGCCGCAGAUCCCGGCUCUAUCGCACGCGAUUGCACCCAUCAUUCCGGGCUCACAGUCUAGUGAAAAAAAGAAAUCGAGCUCCGCGUGGCCAGGCCGAGAACGACGGCGCCGCCCUGCGCCCCUUGGCCCGACAUUGACCGACACAGAGUGA